AGUCACUCUUCGCUUCAUGAAAGAAGGUACUGUCCACUCUCUGCACAUGGACAGAAUAUGUGAACAUCUCGAGGACGAAACCUUGAGAAAAACAAGGUAUGAUUAAUUAUCUUGCCCGUAUUCUUACUCAAAGAGUAAGGCUUCUGGAUCUAAUUGUUGACACAGCUGUUGACUACAGUCGUGCUAGGUUCAACCUGCUAGCUGUUUUCGUCCUGAUAUUUUUUGGUGCUAGCAGCAGUACUAGUAACUACACUGGUUCAGGAUAAGCAACAAAUUGCUUGUAGAUUUCCCWACCUACCAUAUUAAACUGCUGUCCCGCGUGAAACCGCUCUCCGCACGAUGUUCUGAAGAUAAAAAAAUACCACUACUCGUACCCUACGGUACGUACCCGUACCCGUAAAUGUGGUGUACCACGUUCUUCAUCGUCGUGACUGUUUCCUAUCGCUUUUCUUUCUGAAAACAAUCGAAACCCGAAACUAUAUUGUUGUUCAGGACGGCGUAAUUGUUCAGGACGGCGUAAAAGGGAGAGAGUAGAACGAGCGGCUGCGAUGAAAAAUACAUAUCAUUGCGAACGAGAAACAAAAAUCAAGCGGAACAAAGAAUGCCACAAAAUCCGUUUCGGCUUCACAAUGACAACGGCGAUGAAGCCUACGAAUGUCGCAGGCGACAGUUCUACCAUUUGUUCGGAGUGUUUCUGAUAUUGGGUUUUCUCUCUUCGGAAGCUUCGGCGUUUUGUAGCAGUAGCCCUAUCGUUGGAAUUCCACGUGGGAAUCACGAAAACUUUCAUCAGCGUAGCACUGUGAUCAAAAACAGAAAAUUUUCGACAGGAACAAGCACAACAAUUCCCACAAGGACUAACAACCGAGUAAAGCUACGAAGCACAGAAUCAGAAGGAGAGGAGCAACGAUCGCUGCUGGAACAAAUCAGAUACCGUCGAAAGACACGAUCUGAAAUUCGGCGAGACCGACGACGAAAGAAAAGGAAACUUUCUGAAACUAAUCCGUCGCUCUCGACUACUGUCCCGCAUUCCGGCCGACAUUUCGUUCCUUCUCAUCCGAGCUAUCGUCGCCCGUUGGUCCAGCGAUUGUUUUCGAAACUGCGAUUCAGAAAACGAUUCAUGGAAGGCUGGUAUUAUCGAUUGACUCUGAAAGAAUAUGAUAUUGAUGAUUGCAAUAUCAAAGGAAAAAGCGAAACCAACGCUGUAAGUUUUGCCAUCAUAAUUUCCAUCGAAGAUCCAGGCAUCAAAUCGAGCAAUUUGCGAUUGGCUUGUUUACAAGCGAUCGGCCCAAACGAUCAAUAUUUGGUACAAUCGACAAAAGACGAUACAAAAUUCUGGGCUUCCAAAAAGAGCCAAUCGCUAGGGUGUACAUUUAACGAACACGACAACAACAAUAACACUGCCCAUCCAAAAUCACGACUCGAUCCGGAUGUGUGGAAGGAAACGGUAAAAUCUGGCUUUCAGAUAACUGACGACUCGUCGUUCCGAACGGCAUCUACACCCAAACAUUUGUACAAACCAAGAUGGAUGGGACGGAUUCAUGGUCACGAUGGAUCGCAUGGUGGAGUCCUAGAAGGCCAGGGCGUCGGGGGCACGCUCGAGUUCGAUUUUGAGUUGGAUCCAGACUCUGUUUGUGGAUAUGGCGGGUACACUACCACGAUCGGUGAUGCAAAUGCAACUUUUGGUCAUACAGCAAACACCACAAAGAGUAACCAAGGAAUCCCUGAUUUUUCAACGACGAACGGAAGUGCUGGGAAAAGGCGGCGGCAGAGCCGGGAUGCAAACCGACAAAAAAGUACGGGAGGGUGGUUAAGUUCCUUUCCCGUUUUUGAACCUCACUGGCAGGUUACGAUAGCCGACGCGUUAGCGACUGGGAAAAUCAAUUGGAAUGGAACAGAGUACAGAUUCAAAGACCAAUCGUUCUAUGCCGAAAAGAACUGGGGAGAUGCCUUGCCUUCGAAAUGGUAUUGGACCCAAUGCAAUUCUUUCGACAACAUUGAGGAAGAAUUGUCAGUAACGGCCGGAGGAGGUGUCAGAAAACUGCCAUUUGGGAAAGAAGAAGAACUGGGGAUGAUCGCAAUACACCACAAGGGUCAAUUCUACGAAGCUGUUCCGUGGAAAGGAAAUGUGGAAUGGAAUGUUUCGACCUGGGGAGAAUGGAGUUUAUACGGCGACCGCCUCGAGGAAACCAUAGAUCACGACACGGGUCGCAUAACGCCAGCAUUUGCGGUGGAAAUUCAAUACCGGUGCGAUCCAGAUAAGCUCCCUGGAUUGGUAUUUCGGGCGCCCACACCAAAGCAAGGGAUGGUCCCUUUUUGUCGAGAUACCUUCGAGGCCGACACCGUUUUGACCCUGUGGGAACUGAAGCGAAACGAGAACACCAACGAAUUCGAAAAGAUAGAGCCCCCCAUCAUCGAUCGCGCUAGGUCAAAAGAAGGUGGUGCCGAGAUCGGAGGGGGGCCAUGGUGGGAAACUUGGAGUGGAAAAUCGCAACUGAAACCUCUGAUAAAGACGUUAUUGAAUAUUCCAAAUCGCUUUCUCCGCUACUGACAGGUACCUCGUGUCGCGGGAAAAAACGCUGCGACAACCCGUGAGCGAGGGACUUGUGAAGGUCACAAAGUUCGUUUAACUUAAGUGUGUUCAGUUUUAACAGACAACGGCCAUCACAUGCCGGUGUAGUCAUUUUCUUCAUCCAAAUAUUUAUUCGAAGGCCCUACUCUAGACGUUUCAAUUCAGAUACUCUUUUUUGUUCUACUGCUUUUAAAUAUAUGCUGUAAGGUUCUUUCCCUAUUUUCUAGUCGCAUUUCACGCGAGAAUAAAUGUACUUCACAAAAACUAAGCUGAACUGGAAUCCAGCCGCUCCAAGCAUUAGGAAGAAACCAAAUGACACAACUGCCAUGUACCCGAAGUAAAAGGAUGAUUGCAAGAUACCCGACAUUCCACUUCUUUGGAAGUAAUAGUAGAAGGAGUAAAUGUAGAUGAAUACCCCAGUCAUUCCUCCGUUAAUAUAGGCAGCCCACCACCAUCUAUGAUCUUCCCUCGCAAGUUGGAAAUAGAGCAACGCGACGGUGAUAAAAGAUGUGACAAUGAUCAAGAGAAUGAAGGCGAGAAGGAGGAUUCCGAAAAGAGUAUAGAUUUGAUGACCCCACAUGGAAGCGAAAAUGUAGUGUAGCUCGAUGUAGAUUGCCGAGAAAGGUAGAAAUCCAGCGAUCAAAAUUUGGAAUGGUCUACUUCUGUACCAUGGAAUUUCUGUCGGAAUUUCACGAGCAACCUUAGUGGUACGGGUUGGAGCAUUGAAUUCGGCUGGGACAUAGUUCUUUGCAACGAUACCACCGAAGACAGUAGUGGGGAAAGCAAUGAAUCCAUAUAGGCAAGUGACAGUCAAUAUUGUUGUGAACGGAAGAGCGCUGGUCGAUCCAUGAGCAAGUGCCACCGAGUUCACCCACAUGAAGAUAGCAACGGUCGGUGCGGGAAACAAAGAUGCAGUGAGAAGGAUACAUCUGACCCAGUUCUUUCCAUUCAUUUGACGAUACAUGCGAAUGGAGCUGUAUCCCGCCACAAAUGAGGUCAAGCAGUACAGGACUACCGCGCCGGCAAGAAGCGAGCCUCUGCGAGUAGUCGAGAUGAGACCAGUUAGGGCUAAGCCAAGAUGGCAGAAUGUCGUGACAAUCAGCUGAUUACCCACACCAACAGCUGCGCAAAAUAGUCCAGGGUUUUCGGGAAACCUGAACACGUCUCCGUGAAUCAAUUUCCAUCCCGACUCUUCUUCCUCGAUCGCCUCGUCAUCCAAUUCCAUGUAUCGUGAAAAGUCGUUCUUGAGUACUCUCAACAAGAUGAUGGUCAAAAAUGCAGUAAGCAGAAGUACCAACACAAUCGAGUUAAUGAUAGAGAGCCAAUGAAUUUCGAAUGAACUAGGCAAGAACCGCGAAUCAACGUAACGGUCCAUA